UUGAGGGGCUGUACAAGUUGGGCUGGUUUGGUGGGAACAGGCUGUAGAAAGACGUUUGCCCGCCCGCCGCUGUACGGGAUAUGGACAGCGCUGAGGAAAAAGAAUGGGUCGAAGUAGCCAACGAUCUUCUGUCAAGAUGUAACAUAGACCUGCAUAUUACUAGCCUCUUUGACUGCGGUGCCAAAGUGUUUAUUUCUCUUUAUGAAUCAAUACUGGGAGAGAAAGUUCCAGAUUUAAUAGCUCUACCUAGAUGCCAAGAAGAUGAUGCUCAUAAUCUGCAGGCAAUCAUAGAUUCUUUGGCACUGGACUACUUGCAAGUCAGUCUAUCACAUAUAACUGGUGAGAACAUUGUGAAAGGAGAUAGGGAGUCUAUUAGAAACCUCCUGGAAAUAUUUGAUGGCUUGCUUGAGUACCUUACAGAAGAAAUCAUCGAGACUACUUCUCAGGAUGGCACCGAGUGGAAAAAUACGGCAAGUGGUGAUCUUGGACAGACGGCUGAAGAUAAAGCCCAUAGCAUUGGUCUGGAAGAAGCAGAAGGUGGCAGUGACAUGCCCUUUUCCUCCCUGAAGAAGUUACCUUCUGUGAUGGGGUCAUCUCAGUCAUCAGACAUUUUUAUUCCAUCAGGGGAGGUAGAUGGUUCAGAAUCUACAAGUGAGCUGAUUAAGCUUGGUGACACAGCAUACUUGUUUUCUUUGAGAAAUGAAGAAUUUCCAUUUCCCAAAGAAUUACCAGCCUCAAAAGGGAUCUCAGUGAAGGCUAAUGAGCCCGAAGAGCCUGCAGUUUUUGCAGAACGGUCUAGUAGUCUCUCCAGCAGCAGAAGAGCACCUGUCACAGAAACCGAAGGAUCAGCAAAAUCUGCUGAGUUGCCCAGCGAGCAGUUAAGUUCCAGUGCCAAAAAACUUGGAGAACCUAUUCGUUCAGCUAUUGCUUUGCAGCCACCCUACCAGCCUUCUGUACCAAGGGCCCCUUACCCAGAUGAAAGAGGGACUAGAAAUGCAGCCAGGUGCGCUCCACCAUUGAUUAAACCCCGGGAGCUUCCAUCUUCUGAUCUUGCAGAGCCCCUUGGGCAAGAGUCUGAAACACUUUCAGGUGGCAUCCCUUCUCUGUCAAGAAUUACUUCUGAUCUUCCAGCAGAAGUUGAUGAAACAGGACCAAAAUCAGGGUCAAAAGUUACUAUAAAGGAGCCAGAUGUAAUUGAUGAACUGGUGUCAGAAGAGAGCAUGGAUGAUAUGGGAAAGGACACUGAUGAGAAAAUUCAAGAUAAAUCAACUACCUCUUCUAAGAAGUUUCCAAAGUUUACAUCAACACAAAGAACAAGAACGAAGCAAAAGGUCAAUUGGAAAAGCCAGCAUGAAAGCUCAGAUUCAGUUGCAGAGGAACCUUUUUCCCACAAGAGGGAAAAAGAAAAACUGUCAAACCAAGAGCUACACCAGAUGUCUGAGAAACUCUCCCGUAGGCUGAAUGAAUUAGAUGCAAUGUUAAAGAACGCUUUGGGUGACCGAAGCAGGCGGGGAUCAUCUGCUGAUGGCGACACACUUUCUCAGCAUAGUGAUAGUGUCAUGGAUUACCACCACACAAAGGCAGAACCAGCUACCCAGCUUCCCAAAAGAAAACCGAGCAGACGGUCAUUUUCGGCUUCCCCCCCGCCUUCCACCCGCCAGCUGUCAUCUGAAUUGGAAGAUGCACUUUGGAGAGAUGGAAGAGGGGCGACAGGAGAAAUGUGCGAUCGCUUGCAAAAGGAACAGGACCAGAGGAGGCUCAGAGCAAAGUUGUUGAUGAAAGCUUAUGAAGAUGAACUUAGAGCUUAUGAGGCUAGUGAGAGACUCGAACUUGCAAAGAUAAAAGCGAAGACCAAGGAAAUGGAUCGAAGAUACAAGGAAAGCUUAUUUAAAGAACCUCCUCGUGUGUCACGACCUGCAGAGGUUUACUCCAGAAAAACAGUACCUAGGAAUCUCAAACGCAGCCAGUGGAUUUCAAGAGGAGGAUUUGCAAAGCCAAAGAAAGCAGCUCCAAUGAAGGUAAAGGAGAAUGACCUCCUCCCUCUCCUAAUGGAGGAGUUCCCCCACCUGCACAUUUCCCGUCCAACCAUGAACAAGAUGUGGCAGCAGCAGCUUGCACAGAUCCAACAGCUGAAGUCUCCCAGCAACAGAACCCAGCUGAAGCUCCAAAAUGAAGUAGUAGAAGCACAGAAGAAGCAUGAACUCCUUGUUGAACUCAUUAAGAAAGAGCAGGCCCAUAACAAGAGACUGCAAGAUUUCAAGGAAUGUAUUCAGCGACAGAAAUGUGCCCAGAACAACAUGAGAGCUCGACGCCAGCAAAUUGUCAGAGCCAAAAAGUACUACCAAGAUUACAGAGUUCAACUGCGGGCUAAGAUGAUGAGGGCCAGGACCCGGGAAGAACUGAUAUUUAAAAAACUGUUUGAAGAAGGUUUGGAUAUUCAGAAGCAAAGACUGCAUGAGCUGAGAACGUACGCCAGGGAUAAACGUGCAGAGCAAAUGAGACAACACCAGGCAGAACUAGAGUCUAUGGAGAACUAUUACAAGGAUCAGUUUUCAAUGCUGGCAGAAGCAGUUUCAGAAGAACGUAGAGAAAUCCAUGCCAGAGAGAGAACACAGGCAAGAACGCUGAGCAAAGUGAAGCGUGAAUUUAGAUCCAAGAUAGAGAAAGAAAUCCAAGAGCUGCAGGAUGCGAUCAUUCAGAAUGACGAUAAUUCGUUUUUCCGUGAGCUAGAAGCUGAUCGCCUCAGGUCUAGACUUCAGAUGGCUUCCUUUCAAUACAGCAAAAACUAUCACUUAUUUUAAAGUGGGCUGCAGGGGAUGGGGGCAUCUAUGAAGUUAAUAGCUUGAUUUGCUGCUUAAAAGUGGGCCUUAAUCUUGUUUACAAUGUAUGACAUUUUUAAAGUUUUUUUUUAAAUAAAAGUUUGCUAAUUGCACCUAAAGGCAUCAAGCCCUUUUCCACAAGGACAGAUAAUCUAGAAUGUAUUAAAAUCCAAAGUGAGUUCAUUUAGAAAACAAACUUUUUGCGUGCAGCUAAUCUAAUGCUUGCCUUUCCAAAAAAGUGUGAUAAACAGUUUGGAACAACUUCUGUCAGGCACAUUUUCCAAACUAAAGGAUUACUAUUGAUCAGCAAUUAGCAUUAGCUGCCACGCAGGACGCCCAGCUGGACAAUGUCCCAAGUUUUAGUAUUACAGCAGCACAUCUCUCCCCCCCCUCCCCCCGCCGUGUGUGUGUGGGGGGAACAUUUUACAAGUUUCUUCUGGGCCCAAAAAUAAUGCUUGAGCCCUUAUUAUAGGGCUCAAUGGGACUAUAAGUGCUUCAUCAUGCCUGCUGCCAGAAUUUGCUUGGACAG